AUGCUUCGCCGACUUCAGUUCGUCCGAAGCACCGCAAAUAGUGUUGUCUCAUCGAAAGCGCCUUUCAAACACGCUCGUCGCCUAUCGGUUUCGGCUUCAAGACCAAACAACAUUGCACAAGACAAGACACAGAGUGGCACUUUGCGCCACCGUGAUGCCGUCUCAGCAACGACUGCUCAGCCUGUGAUGGUUGAAUGGGUCGGGUGCUCGGGCAACACAGUAGCAAGACUUCCGCUUCACCAGGGCGAGACACUUUUGGAUGCGGCUCGACGCAAUCAAAUCGAGCUUGAAGGCGCUUGUGACGGCAGCCUAGCUUGCUCAACAUGUCACGUCGUGAUGGAACAGAGGAUCUACGAUUCAUUGAUGCCUCCAAGCGAUCAGGAAGAAGACCUUCUGGGGCUGGCUCACGGUCUUGAACUUGCCUCAAGGCUGGGCUGCCAAGUUCGUCUGCACGAGCUCGAUCAUUCGAUCAGGACAAAUCAAGUCAAGAUACGCCUUAAAAGUACAUGA